AUGUUCUAAAAAACUAUUCUAAUUAACUUAUUAAUAUUUGUAAUAUUGACCUAAUCUAGUCAAUAACAAAAUGAUGACGUUGUAAAUACUUCAACUGUAUGUUAAGAAGGUUAUUAUUAAGAUUAAGAUACUCAUGAGUGUGUUUCUUGCGAACCUAAUUUCGGUAACUGUAUAUAAUGUACUCAAAGUAGUUGCUCUAAAUGUGCUACUGGAUAUUUAAUACUUAAUUCUGAAACAAAAUGCAUCAAAGAUACUUUAAUAGAUAAAUAUACUGGAGAUCAUUGCAAUGAAGGAUGUGAUAUAUGUUAUCAAUCUGGAGAAUGUAUGGAAUGUAGGGAUGGUUAUUAUCUAAAUUUUGAUGAUAAAGGGGACAUUACAUGUCUUAGUUGUACUAGUAAAAUUGAAAAUUGUUAAAGAUGUACUAAGAAUAGUUGCACUAGAUGUUAAACAGGAUUUUCAAACGAUAACUCUGAAAAUUAAUGCUAAGAUUAAUCUACUAGAGAUGAUACUAAUGUAUAAUAUGGAGAAUCUUGCAGUUAAGAAGGAUGUGAUAAAUGUUCUUAAUCUGGAGAAUGUUUAUAAUGUUAAGAUGGCUUUUAUUAAGAUUUAGACUAAAAUGGAAAUAAAGUAUGUAUUAGUUGUAGUAGUAAAUUCAGUAAUUGCUAAAGAUGCACUUAUAAUUUUUGCGAAAGAUGUAUUACUAGAUAUUCGUAUAAUAUGUCUGAAAAAUAAUGCAAAGAAGGUAGUGCCAUUGAAUAAAAUUUAGCAACUUUUUGCUUUGAUGGAUGUUAUUCAUGUAGUGAUUCUGGAGAAUGUAAAGAAUGCUGGGAUGGUUAUUAUGAUGACUAUGAAGAUUAGGAAAAUUAGGAAGAUUAGGAAAAUCAUGAAAAUAAAAAUUGUGUAAGUUGCAGUAGUAAAUUCAUUAAUUGUGUAACAUGUGAUAAAAAUAGAUGCACCUAAUGUAGAGAUGGAUAUAAUUAUAAUGAAUCUCAAUAAUAAUGCUUAUAAAAUCCGAUUUCUAGAUUUUUACAUAGAGUUUAAGCUAAUUAUUAAUGA